AUGGAAAUAGGCAACCAUAGCAAUCAGCUUCCUAAUGAUAUUGUAUUGAGAAUUCUAACAAAAUUAUCUGUUAAAUCUUUGAAGCGAUUUAGUUGCGUGCAGAAGUCUUGGCUAAAUUUACUUGAGAAUUCUGAUUUCAAGAGCAUGUACUACGAAAAUUUAAAAUCUAAAACUGCUUAUUCAUCGUCUCUCCUUCUAUGGAGAGAAUAUGAUGACAGAAGUGAUGGACACAUUCGUGAAUAUGAUGACGGAAAUGAUGGAGAUGAUUUCAAUGACGGAAGUGAUGGAGAUGAUUUCGAUGACGGAAGUGAUGGAGACAAUUUCGAUGUCGGAAGUGAUGGAGACAAUUUCGAUGACGGAAGUGUAGAAUACGUCGUCCAUCAUCAAUAUGAUGUGCAUUUACUUUCUGGAGAGAGGUAUGAAAACAUGGUUACAUUAAUUUUGCCAAGUCUGUUUGAGGAGUAUAUUCCCGGCACUAUUGCAGACUGUGUUAAUGGUAUCAUAUGCCAUUAUGAACAAUCUGAUUAUGAUGUAAAAAUUGGACUUUGGAACCCCAAAACCGAUGAGCGUAAAAUUAUUCCUCCGUGUGUUAUUCCUGUAGAGCACAUGUUUAAUCCGUAUGUAAGUGUUGGAUUUGGUUAUGAUAAUGUCAAUGAUGACUACAAAGUUAUUCAAUGUGUAUAUUACGUUCAACAUACAUUUUACUAUGAUGAUUAUGGUUCAUCAAAUUGGCAAAUUUAUAGUCUAAAAAGUAAUUGUUGGAAGACACUUGAGCUUUUUGACAUAGAAACGCACCAAUAUUCACAUCAAGAUUUUGUAAGGUACUUGAAUGGAGUAUGGCACUGGAGAGGUAGGGAGUAUGGGCGGGGUUGGCACAACGGAGAAGAUGUAAUUGUGUCAUUUAACCUCAGCUCUGAAAUGUUUCGAACUACAUCGAUUGCUUGGCUGCAAAGUAAUUAUGGUCGCCUCCUUACCGGAGCAUUGGUAGUGCUCAACGAGUCUCUUGCUCUGAUAUCCUCUUUUGCUGAGAAUAGUCGGAUUGAAAUAUUUAUUUUGGGUGAAGUUGGUGUAGAAGAAUCUUGGGUGAAGCUUUUCACAAUUGGACCCUUUCUAAAAGUUGAUCUUCCAAUGCAAAUAGGCAACAAAUGUGAUGUAAUAUUUUAUAUUAGAAGCUAUAACGAUGAAUUGGCUUCUUUUGAUGUCAUCACAAGCAAAGUAGUUCACAAUAUUGGUAUCAAAGCAGGGAAUCAAUAA